UUAGGUGCCAUUGCCCCAGAGCUAAAUGAUGAGGUGACAGCCACCUGCCAGACCCAGCCAUUUGGUCUGCUGUGUGAUGAAUCAACAACACUUCAGAAAGAGAAGGAGCUCGUUAUUUUGGCUCGUCUAUAUGAUGAAGAUAGUCUUGAGGUGGUCACUAAAUGUAUUGAUUUGCCAGUCUGCAAUGUUGGAACAGCAGACAGCAUUUUUGAGAAGCUGGCAACCUCUUUAACAACCAGAGGAAUAACAUGGGAUAACCUGGUGGCCUUCAACUCGGAUAACUGCAAUGUUAUGAAGGGAAGGCACAAUUCAGUUAUCACAAAAUUGAAAGCAAAGCAGCCUCACAUCCAGGAUGUGGGCUGUGUUUGCCACCUCGCCCAACUUGCCACAGGCUGCGGCAUCAAGGCCAUGAAGGCCCCAGUGGAACAGUUGUUGGUCGGGGUAUACUCCCACUUUGAUAAAAGCGCAAAGAGAAAUGAACUCUACAAGGAGUUUGUGGAGUUCACCGACACAGACAAACUGAAGCUAUUAAGAUACUGUUCAACAAGAUGGCUCAGCCUCCACACGUGCAUUCUGAGAAUGUUAAAUCAGUGGCCUGCUCUUCAGGCCUACUUUAACAGCUACGAGGACGAGACUAGUGUUAAAGUUAGGGAUCUGGCAGGCUACCUCAAUGAUCCUGAGAUUAAGUUUGAUUUUCUUUUUCUGAGUGCUGCUCUCAAGCCAUUGGUUGCGUUCAACACUGCCUUCCAGGCCAGAGCAUUCCUCGAGAAAGAGGAACUACCAUCGGUCACAAUGACCAAAAUCUAUCAGACAGUCAAGGGGUUCUACGUGGAAGCCAUAAGGAAGAUGCUCAAGGCCUUCCCCCUUGAUUCUCCUUUGCUUCAAGACCUGGACGUGCUGGACCCAGCCUCUCGCCUAGACCUCUCUCCUGAAACAGGUUGA